AUGGCCCAGAACGUCAAUAAAGUCGCUAAUAAUAAUGUGAAUCAGGGUAAUGUGGGGAAUGCUGCAGCUGAGGCAGAUUUACCUCUGAGGGACAAUGUACUCCCUACUAUUACAGGGGUACAUUCUAGUGUUCGCCCGCCUACUGUGGAGGCGAACAAUUUUGAGAUCAAGCCCUCAAUAAUUCAAAUGGUUCAGAAUUGUGUUCAGUUUGGGGGGCUACCUAACGAGGAUCCAAACCUCCAUAUUACCAACUUUUCGGAGUUAUGUGAUACUUUCAAAAUGAACAGAGCUAAAAGUUGGUUGAUUUCACUGCAAGACAAUUCCAUUCUCACUUGGGAAGAUCUUGCUCAAAAAUUUCUCGCUAAGUACUUUCCUCCAGCUAAAUUGGCACGGAUUAGAGGUGAAAUAAAUCAUUUCUGUCAAUUUGAGGGGGAAUCUUUAUAUGACCCUUGGGAGAGGUUUAAAGAGCUGCUGCAAAAAUGUCCACGUCAUGGUAUAGUGAAAUGGAUGUUGGUGCAUACUUUCUAUAAUGGACUGAGGGGAAACACAAGAACUAUCAUAGAUGCAGCAGUAGGUGGAGCAUUUAUGAGCAAAAGCACUAACGAAGCUUACGAGCUUUUACAAGAAAUGGCCAUGAAUAAUUAUAAUUGGCCAUCUGAGCGAGAAAAUAAGAAGGUGGCAGGAGUUCUAGAAGUUGAUCAUAUUGCUAUGCACACUGCUCAAAUUGCUUCUCUUACGAAACAAAUACAACAACAAAACAACAGUUCAGAUCAAGCGAUGCAACUACAACCCGCUCCUAUUAGUUGUGACACAUGUGGAGGCUCUCUUCAUUUUCAGCAAUGUCCAGCGACGAGUUCUUAUUUAGUUGAUGAUAUCCCACUUGAACAGGUUCAAGCCAUAGGAAAUUUCCCAAGGCAACCUAAUAAUAACACAUACCCUAACAAUUAUACUCCAGCAUACAAGUACCAUCCUAAUUUGUCAUGGAGUAAUAAUCAAGGGCACCAACCACAGUACCAUCCAAAUCCACCUCAAUAUCCUCCAUAUAGACCAUCUUAUGGGCUAAACCCAAGGCCUUUUUCUAAUACUCAAAGGCCACAAAUGCCGCAACAUCAACAACCACCGCUUCACAUGACUAAACCAGAGGUAUCCGCUGAUUCAUUGAGCCAAUUUAUGAUAGAAACCAGAUCCUCCAUUCGAAACUUAGAAACUCAAGUUGGCCAACUUGCAAAGUUAAUGAAGAAUCAUAAUCAAUGUGCUUUAACUAGUUCAACAGAGAUAAAUCCUAAAGAGCAGUGUAAUGCAAUAUGCUUGAGGAGCGAGACUAAGUAUGAGGGACCUACAGUAGAACACAAGGGUAACAAGAUUGAAGAUCAACCUUAA